CAACAGCAGGAGUGAUCUCACCUCCUCUCCACCCCUUCUAUCUAUCGCUGCUGCUGCCAGUAUCCGUGCGCAGUGCUGGUGCUCUAUAGACACGCUAUAAGGUGUAUAUGCUGAGAAUUCACGGUGGAUUUCCCUGACCAGGACCACUACUGAGACACAGAGCCGAGCCAUGGAAGAACUUACGGCAUUCGUGUCGAAAUCUUUCGAUCAGAAAACCAAGGAGAGCAGCAAAGAGAGUAUCACGUACAGGGAAGUUUUGGAGAGCGGCUUGACGAGGGCGAGGGAGCUGGGCAGCCCGGAGACAAACCUGCAGGACAUAACGGAGGGCAGCCACUGCCCGGUGCAUCUGUUCAAGGACCACGUCGAGCUGGAAAAGGACAAACUCAAGGACUUUAAUGUUACGAGAGCGUCCGAAGGGAUAUACGAGUGUAAGGAGAAGAAGGAGGACGUGAAGUCGGAGGACGAGGACGCACAGGGCAAGCUGAAGCAGCGGAGGAGUCGCACUAACUUCACCUUGGAGCAGCUCAACGAGCUGGAGCGGCUCUUCGACGAGACGCACUACCCGGACGCGUUCAUGAGAGAGGAGCUGAGCCAGCGGCUGGGGCUGUCCGAGGCCAGGGUGCAGGUCUGGUUUCAGAACAGAAGAGCAAAAUGUCGAAAACAAGAAAACCAGAUGCACAAAGGUGUUAUUCUGGGCAGCGGCAGUCACCUUGACGCGUGCAGAGUAGCACCCUAUGUCAAUAUGGGUGCCCUACGGAUGCCCUUCCAACAGGUUCAAGCCCAGCUCCAGUUAGACGGCGUUGCCCACUCCCACCCCCACCUGCACCCUCACCUGGCUGCUCGCUCCCUACCUGAUGUUCCCGCCCCCUCCCUUCGGACUACCAAUCGCAUCACUCGCCGACUCGGCCUCUGCAGCGGCGGCGGUGGCGGCAGCUGCCAAAAGCAACAGCAAGAACUCGAGCAUCGCCGACCUGCGACUCAAGGCAGGACUUCUGCGGGGCCAGUGGCUCAGUCCACUCCAGGCACAGAUCACAUCCCAAGGACCGUACAAACACAUGUGGAUGUCUGUCUGAGGGCCAGGCCGGGGCCCGUCAGACCAGAAGACGUUAGAAACAAAGCAAACUGGCAGGCAGCAGCAGGGCCAAAAGCAGAGCCUCGCUGACGCUGGCUGCCGCCAUGUUGACAAUGCAGAGAGGGUUGAGCAUGGGGGAAACAGACCCAAACACCACCUCACCGAGGCAUUGGAACGACUCUCACCUUUAUGUCCUCUCCCCCCCGCCCCACCCUCACUAGAAAAAUGAAGAAAAAAGAUUUAAAAAAGGCCAUAUUUGUCUCCAACCACUGUGUUUCCCUGCUGCUGCCAAGUGCAUGAGCUCUAAUGGAGGACCGUUCUGGGACUGGCCUCCGUCCACACCUGACAUAAACGCUCAACAACUGUUUUUAACACUGCCAUUCAACAUGCCCACAACCCCCCCUCUCCCCCCUACACCUACAAAGCGAAAGGUCUCCAUUACAGUUUGAUAUCCUUCUUCUUAUGGACUUGUGCUGUAACAAAAGCAACAACUCGUGUUUCCUCUGCUGCAGAGGGGAGAGAUGUGAUUCUGUGUUGCUGGGCAUGUGUCGGCGUGACUUGGUUUUGCAUUACUCCUCACAGCGUGCUCUCUCUCUGUCUUUAUUUCUUUCUGUUUGUUGUGUUGUAUCCUGGGUAAAGAAGUGAAGAUAGGCUUUGCACUUCAGGUCUUGUAUGUGGGCGUUUUACAAAUGGCACUACAAGCAGAUACUACUUUACUAAUUAAAAAGGGGGAGGGGGGUUUGAUAUUGUCAUGUGAUCAGCAAAAAGGACAUUAUCUUGGAUAAAGGGUAUACAUGCGUUCUUUUUUCUUUUCUUUUUUUGUAAUUCUGAAAAUAUGAAGAAAGCAUCAGUCAAACUGAAAUGCAAUGGUGUGCAGUUUAAGUGCAAUACUGUAAAUAGCAAAAAAGUAAAAACAGCUAGCAGUUAAUCCUCAACGAUAAGAGACCCAAUGAUUUUUUUUCUGUUGGAGUGUUGAAUUUCUUUGCCAAACACACCAGUUUUUCUACAGCAGUGUAUAUUUUAUUGAGUUCACUCAUAACCAGGUGCCAUAUCCCGCGUAACCUCCUGUGUAUUCAAGCAGCUUUGUAUACAUCAGGUGUCACUUGUUGAGGAAAAAACAUGAGCACAUUUUUUUGGAUGCUGCAGAAAUUUGGGUCGGAUUCUAAAUAAUUUAAAAAAUCUCUUUGCUACUUGACUCACUUUAGAGAAAUCAAUUUAGUGUUCAUAAUAAAACCAACAAAGCAGCAUCCAAAACCAAGCAGUUGUUUACAAUAUGAUUAGCCUAAUUCUGCAUGUUAUAUGUAACAUUUCAUCAUUAAUUUCCUGAUAAUUUAAACUGUACUAUCCACAAAUUGCUCCGAACAUUUGGAUUGUUUUGGAUUAUUUUGACAAACCUUUAAACACUGCUGUCAGAGCUGCGCUACACAUGAUCUCUGUCUCCAAAAACACUCUCUCUGUUAACAGACCUCCAUUUAGAAUUGUUUAUCUAUGUCUCCAUUUUAAAUUAAACAUAUGGGUGUUUUAUUUAUUAUUUUGUCUGAAAGUUUAUGAAAGAUGAAAUCGUUGAAAUACAAGUGUACAUUUUUACAUGGCUUUGCAUUUAUUUUUGUAUGUUUUUUUAAGUGUUUUAAAUUUUGAAUUAGGAGGUGUGGCUGUAGUGCAUUGUUUGCCUAAAAAAAGAAAAAAAAAUGUAGCGUGUCCGAGUUUACAAACAUUUCAGGGAUGGUUGAAUUGAACAAUACUCCAUGGAAUUUGUUGUACCCAUUAAAAAUGAUUAUCAUUUCAUAUGCAAGCAUGCCUCAACAUGAAUCAUCGUACGGUUUGUUUUUCCCCUUUUGAUUCGCAAAAUAUGAAUGUACAUCUUGUACAAGUAAACUAUCAAUAAAGUUAUAAAUAUUUGUACUUGA